GCUCCGACAACCCCCGCGCUCGGUCGUGCGCGCUUGGCCGCAUGUGAUCUCGCUCGAGUGCCUCCGACACGUCGCAUUAUCGCAGCCAAGAUUCUCCAGGCGCAAAAACUUAUCUGGCUCUCGCGCGCUCUUACGAAACAGCCGCCGUCCGGGUCGUUGAGCAACGAUGCAUCUGGACGACUUUUGGCCCAGCGAGUGGGAGCAGCCGGGCGUCCGGCUGCCACCGGUCAACGCGGCCUUCUCCUUCUCCAGGAGCUUUAACGGGCAAGCGCAGCUGCAGGACCAGCACAGCCCCUCGUCCUGCCAGUACCAGAGCUACGACAACAGCCAGUACCACGACGAGUCGGCGCUGCUGUGCUUCCCCUCGAUCUUCCAGCAGUCGCAGCUCAACUUGGAGGAGACCCUGCAGGCCGUCGACGACUUCGACCUCAGCCUCAUCAGGUGCGAGCCGACGAACCUGCCGGCGGCGGAGGCCAGCCAGCAGUACGAGCAGGCGCCGCAGCCGCACUACGCGGCCUACCCGGUGGGCCACCUGGGCGCGGGCGCGCCGGACCAGCCGGAGGACCGCGUGGUGGCGGAGAUCCUCGGCAGCGGCCUGCUGGACGGCGUGAAGAGCGAGCCGCUGGCGCUGGAGCUGGACAACCAGGUCGUGCUGCCGCGCAACGACAGCCUCGUGCUGGCGAGCGAGCUGUUCGCCCAGGAGCAGAGCGCGGCCCGUGCCAAGGACAGCCACGAGGAGUCGUACGGCAGCGCUCAGUCGGACGACGGCUCGGCGGCCUCCUACCCCUGCCUGUGGAUGGACUGCGGCUGCGCCUUCGCCGAGCAGACCGGCCUGGUGCAGCACAUCGAGAGGCGACACGUCGAGUCCUCGGCCGGCAGCGCCCACGGCGCCAGUCGCCGGCCCAGGGACGGCAGGCCCAAGGAGGCGCACGCCCAGGACGACUGCCAGUUCGCCUGCCUCUGGCAGGGCUGCUCCAGGGACCGGCCCUUCAACGCCAGGUACAAGCUGCUCAUCCACAUGAGGGUGCACAGCGGCGAGAAGCCCAACAAGUGUCCGUUCGCCGGCUGCAAGAAGGCCUUCUCGCGCCUGGAGAACCUCAAGAUCCACCAGAGGUCGCACACUGGCGAGCGGCCCUACGCCUGCCAGCAUCGCGGCUGCAGCAAGGCCUUCAGCAACAGCAGCGACCGAGCCAAGCACCAGCGCACUCACUACGACACGAAACCGUACGCCUGCCAAGUGGCCGGCUGCGGCAAGCGCUACACCGACCCGUCGUCGCUGCGCAAGCACGCCAAGAACCACGCGGACAGCCAGCCCGAGAGGCGCCCGUGCAAGGCGUCGUCCGGCAAUCGGCGAAACUCCAGCUCGUCGAGCGUCUCGUCGCUGACGACGCCGGGCCGCUACCAGUCCGCGGCGGUGGUGGUGGGCCAGCGCAACUCGUCCGUGUCCUCGGACUACGGCUCGCAGAAGGACCCCUUCGAGGAGCUGCACGGCGCCGACGGCUGCCACGAGUACAUCCCCUACGAGAACGUGGCGCGCUUCCUCGGCGACCACGAGCACAGCAUCGGAUACGCGGCUGACGAGGACAUGUGCGACUUGCAAGACUUGGGCUCGGACAUCGAGCAGCAAUUCUUGGAACUGGGCAACUACGACGACUCCGUGUUUCUCAACGAGUAGCAUCGCGCAAUGUCGGGAAUAUCGUCUC